AUGCCUGGAGAUACUGCUGGAAAGACCAUUACCUGCAAAGCAGCCGUAGCAUGGGACAGUGCUCAAGACUUGACGAUCGAGGACAUCGAGGUCGCACCACCAAAAGCUCAUGAGGUCAGAAUAGAGAUUUACUAUACAGGCGUAUGCCACACAGACGCAUAUACCCUUUCUGGCAAGGAUCCUGAGGGCGCAUUCCCUAUCGUCCUUGGACACGAGGGUGCUGGUAUUGUCGAAUCAGUUGGUGAGGGUGUGACAAACGUCAAGCCCGGCGAUCAUGUAGUGGCACUCUACACCCCGGAAUGUAAGGAAUGCAAAUUUUGCAAGUCGGGCAAGACGAACCUCUGCGGAAAGAUUCGAGCUACACAGGGUAAGGGUGUGAUGCCGGACGGAACAUCGCGCUUCAAGUGCAAGGGAAAAGAUUUGCUACACUUUAUGGGCACAUCGACCUUCUCACAAUACACCGUUGUCGCAGAUAUCUCUGUCGUCGCGAUUACCGAUCCUGCUCCUAUGGACCGAACAUGCUUGCUCGGCUGCGGUAUCACUACAGGUUACGGCGCUGCGGUCAUCACAGCUAACGUCGAAGAAGGCUCGAAUGUAGCCAUCUUCGGUGCGGGCUGCGUUGGUCUGUCGGUCAUCCAAGGUGCUGUCAAGAACAAGGCAGGCAAAAUCAUCGUGGUUGAUGUCAAUGACAAGAAGAAAGAAUGGGCUGAAAAGUUUGGUGCCACUGACUUUGUCAAUCCAACCAAAUUAGGCGAUCAGAAAAUACAAGACAAGCUCGUCGAGAUGACUGACGGUGGCUGCGACUACACCUUUGACUGCACUGGUAAUGUGCAGGUCAUGAGGGCUGCUCUCGAAGCCUGCCAUAAGGGCUGGGGUCAAUCCAUCAUUAUUGGUGUAGCGCCUGCUGGUGCCGAGAUCUCUACAAGACCAUUCCAGCUCGUCACCGGACGAAUCUGGAAAGGUUGUGCCUUCGGUGGUGUUAAGGGACGUACUCAACUACCUGGCUUGGUCAAGGAUUACCAAAACGGCUUGCUCAAGGUAGACGAGUUCAUCACACACAGACAGCCAUUGGCCAAGAUCAACGACGCCUUCCAUGACAUGCACGCGGGUGACUGCAUUCGAUGCGUGGUGAACAUGCGAGAAGCUUGA